CUAAUGCAUUCUUGCUGAUAUCUAUAAUGUUAAACAUACCUGAGAUCGAUCUAAAGUGCCAGUUCUAAAAAUGUUUCUUUGUAAAAAGGGAAGGAAAUGUUUUCAAAUGCAAUCUUGAUAAUCUAGUCAACAGCUUUAUUUUCAGAUACAGCCUUCUAAUCAAACAUAUUUAAUAUUUUCCCUCCGACUCAAUUGUAACAUUUAUUAAUGUUGGCUUUUAUUCAAAUACUUUCAGCCUAUUCCAAAUGUUUAUCUGAUUCGUUGUGCCAUUGAGAACUAAUUUAAACUCAUAAAUUUUUAACUACUGUUCUUGAUGGAGUUUGACCUCAGAAUUUACCAGAGGAGAUUGGAAGUCAUUGAAUGAAAGAACAUGCAGUUUCAUUGAAAUAAACCAAAUGGUUAUUUCUUGAUUCUUUGUUUAAUGAAUUGUGGUUUAUGGAAAAGAUAAAUAUGCCAUUUUAAUUUAUUUUCACAGAAAUAAUUUUUGUGAUUAUAGUGGGCUAUUUUUAUGUGUGGGUAAUUAGAAUGAAGGGUCAGUUGGAAUAAAAGGCUGCAUUUACACAGAAACCAAAUCCAUAUUAUACCAGGUUCCUAAUUUCCACAAAUUUCCAUCUUCAGUUUGAGCAGUGGAUUUCAGGGUAUUAGUGGGAAUAGUAUAAGAAUUGAGUAUGUCAAAGAUUGUUUAAAACUUUAAUUGCACCUUGAGGUUUCUGGCCACAGAUCUGUUGAUACCAGAGGAAAGCUCACAAUGGCCUGUAUUGCAGAACCCAGACUGCUGGCUUCUUCAUAGUGGUAUGUGAAUAUGAUGCUUCCUGCAUCACCUGUUUAUGUUUGCUUUCAGCAGACCAAGGGGAAAUCAGCUCCUCAGCUACGUCUCUCUCCCCAGAAGCAAUAGCACCAUCUUAUUUUUGCAGCAGCACUGUAGUGUAAGUGCAGCAUAAGGUAAAGGGCAGGAUACAUUAUUUUAAUGACAAGUUUUGGCCACUAGUGGUGCCCAAGUGAAAUGGCUUUAAGCAAAUGCUUAUUGGCUGCCUCAUAGCGCUAGGGACCUGGGUUCAAUUCCAGCCUUGAGUGAUUAUCAAUGUAGAGUUUGUAUGUUCUCUCCAUGUGGAUUUUGUCAAGGUGCUCUGGUCACUCAUGAAGUUGAAAGAUGCGUAGGUUAGGUGGAUUGUCCAUUCUAAAAAUUGCCCCUUAGUGUCCAAGGGUAUGCAGUUUAGGUGGGUUAGCCAUUUUAAAAACCCCAUGCAGAGUUACGGAACUGGGUUGGGUCUUGUUUGGAUGCGAAGGCGAAAAAUGAAGACUGCAGAUGCUGGAGAUCAGUCAAGAUUAGAGUGGUGCUGGAAAAGCACAGCAGGUCAGGCAGCAUCCGAGGAAAAUAGACAUUUCGGGCAAAAGCCCUUCAUCAGGAAUGUAGGAAUGCAGAUGUAGGAAACCCUAACUUUCUACCAUUUUAAAAAAAAAAGACAUUUGAAUACAGUCCGUAAGGAAUGAAACAUUGGCAUGUUUUGGGUGGUCUGGCUGCACGUGGAAACAAAUGAACUAUCCCAGGUUGUAUUUAAUUGUAGGUUCUUCACAUGAACAGCACUUAGUUUGUGACGGUGCUCCAACAUGCUGUACCACUGCAUUCGAAGUAUAGCACUUUGGUAGUGACACUGGCUUAUUCUACUGUGUUGUAACUUUGCAGGCAUCAGCUGCAGUAAAAGUACUGAGCAAAUUCUGGGUGCGCCCUCACAAAGGAUGAUGAAUAAUGAAAGACAGUCAUCUCGGGGCUGCGUCAUGCUUCGCUGCAUCUGUGAUAGGGUGACAAUUGUCUGAGACCUGACAACAGAUAUCCCAAACAGUUACAGAAUUUAGUUUGGCAUUGGGUUAGGAAUUCAAAUGACUGUGUCUACUCUGUGACUAUAACUGGCACAAUAUCAGUGUAGGUAAACAAGAGAUCAACGUUAUCUGUUGUGUUAUGUUUAAUGGCUGCCAGAAAUAUUUAACCAGGAUACUGACACAAUUAUGUUGGUUUAGGAGCUUAAUUUUCUUGCUAUUUUCAUGUAAUGUGUGAAAUGCGUUUCGUUUAACUACUUUUACUUUCUGAGCUAGGGGCUGUCCUCAUUAACAGCAAAAGUGUUACUUUGUGAUGAGAGAUAAGCCUCAUCACGGGAUUCCUAGUUCGACUUCAAGUACAAAAUUCUAACCAGCCACGUUACCGUGGGACUGUACAUUGUUUCCGGUCCAUCAUCCGACAGGAGUCUAUCUUCGGUCUGUACAAAGGUAUUGGUUCACCAAUGAUGGGUUUGACUUUCAUCAAUGCUAUUGUUUUUGGUGUCCAAGGAAAUACAAUGCGUUACUUAGGAAAGGAUACACCACUAAACCAGUUCCUUGCAGGUUCUGCAGCUGGGGGUAUCCAAUGUGUUAUUUGUUGCCCCAUGGAACUGGCAAAAACCAGGAUGCAGCUUCAAGGCAUGGGUGAAUACCAAGUUAAAAGUAAAGUCUACAAGAAUUCACUCGACUGCUUAAUUAGAAUUUACAAAAAGCAAGGAAUCUGUGGAAUCAACAAAGGCAUGGUGACCACUAUUUUCAGAGAAAUACCUGCUUUUGGUUUCUACUUCCUUACUUAUGAUUGUCUGACCAGAGCCUUACACUGUGAGCCCGAUGACAGUUACAUAAUUCCUAAACUGCUGUUUGCUGGUGGUAUGUCUGGGAUUGCAUCUUGGAUUUCUACCUAUCCCAUUGAUGUGAUUAAAUCCCGAUUGCAAGCUGAUGGAGUUGGAGGAAUAAACCAGUACAGUGGCAUAAUGGACUGUAUCCGUCAGAGUUACCAGAAGGAAGGAUGGCAAGUAUUCACAAAGGGGCUCACUUCUACUCUUCUCAGAGCAUUUCCUGUCAAUGCUGCUACUUUUGCUACUGUCACACUCUUCCUUAUGUACACAAGGGCUGAUGACGAUUGCAAGGAGCUGGAGACUGCCUCUGCAAUCCAGCAGCAUUCGAGCCUCUAAAGUAUCUUCCUCAUGUUACCUGUGCAGAGCAGCUGCUAUGAUAACUCAAUUUUAUUCAAUCCUAUUUUUGUAAGUGCAGUAAAGUUAUGAAAAUGUUUCAGGGUGUAAAUAAGCUCCAUGUAAGAAUUAAUUCUUUAUAAAAUAUAGUCAUGGGUCUAACAUUUAACAGAAUUCCAUUAGUUUUGUGAGACUACAGCUUCAUGCCUUAUAUUAAAUGAAUGUAUAUAUUGUUUUUUAGUUUAUAAAAACAGUAAGAAAAAUAUUACUUUUGCCCAUUGUAGUAGGCAUGUACUGUACAGAAACUAAUUAACAGGGCUGGCUUUAGAAUCCGAGUUAGUACAGAGGGUCCAAGUUUGGAAAAAUGAACAUUUCUAAAGAAAUUGCAGUAGAUUUUCACUUUUUCUCAAGAGUUGUUGAUGGGCAAUAGGGGACUGGCCACCCAUUUACACCUAACCUGUGUUCUCAUUUCUAUGGAAGUGAAUGGCAAAUCAGGUAAUAAAUAUGUAAAACUAGCAGUCAACCCACCUGGAAGUAAAAGAAAAAUUUUACCUCUUUAAUAUUAAGAAGAAGCAUGCAGCUAAAUCAAGUUGUACUCCCUUUUGACUAUGUUUUCAGUACAGUGGGGUAGGUUUAUUGGUGAUUAAUGAUCGGAAUUGAAAUAAGCCCUUAUGCAAAGAACUAAAUAGGAGUUAGGCUUUCUCAGAAAACAGUACUUGAGCUGACAUAUUAAGUAUUAGUGUUUCAUCCAUGUUAAAUAACAAUAAUGUUAACCUCCGUACUCAUAUGGCCAUGAACCUUGAAUAUUUUACCACUUAUGUGGCACAUUUAUCUGUUAUUACUGUUGUUUAAAGUCAACAUCUUGCAGAUGUCUGCCCAUUCCUUUGCAAAGGCCUGAUGUAACCUGAAUAAUCCACACUUUUUAUGCUAUGCUGCGAACCAAUCAGUAACAUUUUAUUAUUAUUUUUAGUCUUUUUCACAACUCCGUUAAUUUUCUAACUGUACUGAUUGGUUUCAUAGCCCUUAUUCCCUCAUCACAAAGUUCGGUAGUACAGUUUAUACAAAUAGUUCUACUUGGAAGCAAUCACAUCACAAUUGAAUUUUCAGGAAUUUGUACACCUCUGUUAUUUUAAUAUGUUGUGACACCUUGUUCAUUUAAUUAUGAUUUAUGUGCAGUACACCUAUGGAGUUUUUUUUGUUGUGUAAUGUGUUGAUGAGGAAUUGUUACUGUGAAUAAACCAAUGUGGCAGCUCACCAGUCCUACGGGUUGCUGAGUUAGUCCAUUCACAGAUGGAUAGAAAGUUACUAUAUCAGGGUCCAUAUAUAUUAUUUAGCUUCCCUAACACUGAAGUAGGUUCUUCAGUGUUGCACUGUUUUGAGUGCAGAAUGUGCUGUCAUGCUCCUGAAAUGUAUGUUGCUUCUCCCCUCUCCAGAGGUUGCAGUAUUGGAAAGCCUCAUAGUGGGAGCCACAUAGUGUUGACAUCUUGGGGACAGUUCACCACAUACAUAAUGAUUGAUAGAGCUAGUAUGAAUUGAUAUCAUUGUGUCUCGAAACAGAUUGGAUGUUCAGAUUCACAUAUCUAAUGAUAUUUGGAAUUAGAAGUCACUCUUAUUGAUUCAGUUGGUCCUUUGUGUCAGUAGGUUUCUCCCAUUUGGGUGGAAUUUAAAAAUAAGUCCAAGCAAGUUAUUUCACAUAAAGGUGUAUAGUGUAUAGCUGUUUUAUGCUUUACUGUUAAGGUAAAAUUUUAAAGCAUUACCAGUUUCAUCUACCAAAGGAUAGAGGUUUGUUUUUUGUUUGAAGGUCCAGCACUCCUUUUAAUAGAUUACGAUUCUGCAUGAACUCCCACCUGCCCAUCAUUAUGCGAUUUCUGGAAAACAUACGCUGCCUUGUUUAAUCAAGGUAGCUAUGUGGCAUUAAAUGACUAAUGACGGGUAGGGAUUACAGAAAUCCAAACUUCACUGUAAAUUGGGACAGGUGCAAUAGAUAUUGGUCUGAGAUGCUGAUCAACAAUGAUUCUCAAUUUUGCACCAUUUCCAGGAUUUUUUUUAAUGGGCACAGAACACUUUAUUUCACAAUGUGAGAAAAGAGAAAGCAUUUGUUUGUUCCUAGCACUAUGAUCAACUUUCUCACUAUCAAGCAAAUUGCAAUUUCAAAGUGAGUGAGUGUUUGAAUCUGGAAACCUUGAAUGUCUAUAUAUUAUCUGAACAAUUUCCAUAUCUGAAUUGAAAAUGCAUGCUUGAUUAACAGUACAGUACAGCUUUGACUUUUCGGUCAAUCAGUUUGUACUGUGUAUUGCUUGUUUCAAUGUGUUUCACAUCAUGUACCUUACUAUGUAAAGUACCAUAGGCAGAUUGUAAGGAGAAAAAGGGAAAAUAAAAUCCAUAUUAAGAUCAA